AUGCAAGCAGCACUUCGGAAAGACGGAGACGAAAGUGUUCAAAAUGCAGCUCUAAUAAACAAUACACAGGUGCAAUACCACUCAUCCGCCACCGAGCAGGACCGACGGAAGUUUCGAGCAAAAGCUGUUCAACGGGCCUACCGUGAACGAAAGGACCAACAUCUUAUUCGCCUAAACCAGCAAAUUAGCGCCAUGGAAGAUUUGAAUGCGGGCCUUCAUGCGAGCAAUGAACAGCUCAAGCUUGAGAUUGCGAGAAUAGCAGCGGAAAAUGAAUUGUGCCUUGCAACAUGUAUGAGCAGUUUCAUCUCAGCCACGGAAGAGCGCGCAUCAGAGGCUGCAUUGGCAGAUAUACUUGUCGAGGCUCCGAGCUUGAACUCCGCGUCGGAUUUGAGGCCUAGUGGUAGCCCAUACUACCAUCCGGUCCAUCGGCUAACAGAGAGCAAGGACGGUGACAAGCUUUUAGAUAAAGUUGCUGCGUGGGACAUGAUUCAGAACCAUGCACUGUAUAAAGCGGGUGUAGUAGACAUCAUCGGUGUUAAACAAAAGUUGGAAGGUUUUGCGCAGUGCAACGGUCAGGGCAUUGCAUUUGAACGAGGCCGAAUACGGAGCGCUAUUGAGAAUAGUGUCAUCAGCGACUCGUAG